GGAGUCCCCGACCGCGCCCCUCGAGGCCGGGCCGCGCCAGGCCAAUCCUGGGCGGCCGGCGGGCGAACGUGGGGCCUGGCGGGCCGGGCCGGGCCGCGCCGCGCCGCAGGGCGGGGGACAAUGGACCAGUUCCUGGUGCGUCACGAGGGAGUUCCUUAAAGGGGAAGUGAGCAGGCUCCCGGGCGGACGCGCGGGGCGGUGGUCGGCUGGGGACGCGCCCGGAGCUUCAAAAUAAUGCCCGCGGCGGCCGCGCGACCAUGCAAUGGCGAGCGCUCGUCCUGGGGCUGGUGCUGCUGCGCCUCGGCCUCCACGCGGUGCUCUGGCUGGUCUUCGGGCUGGGGCCCAGCAUGGGCUUCUACCAGCGCUUUCCGCUCAGCUUCGGCUUCCAGCGCUUGAGGGGCCCCGACGGCUCGGGGCCGGUGGGUCCUCCCGAAGGCCCAGCCUGGCUGCAUCGGCCAAGGCACGGGACGGAGGGGCGGCUCGAGACCCCCAGGGGGCCGGGGCCGGGCAUGUGUGGUCCGGCGCACUGGGGCUACGCUCUGGGCGGCCGUGGCUGCGGCCCGGACGAGUACGAGCGGCGCUACAGCGGCGCCUUCCCGCCGCAACUGCGUGCCCAGAUGCGCGACCUGGCGCGGGGCAUGUUCGUCUUCGGCUACGACAACUACAUGGCGCACGCCUUUCCGCAAGACGAGCUCAACCCCAUCUACUGCCGCGGCCGGGGGCCGGACCGCGGGGACCCUUCAAACCUGAACAUCAAUGAUGUCCUAGGGAAUUACUCCCUGACUCUUGUUGAUGCCUUGGAUACACUUGCAAUAAUGGGAAAUUCAUCCGAGUUCCAGAAAGCAGUCAAGUUAGUGAUCAACACUGUUUCGUUUGACAAGGAUUCCACCGUCCAAGUCUUUGAAGCCACGAUAAGGGUUCUGGGAAGCCUCCUUUCUGCUCACAGAAUAAUAACUGACUCCAGACAACCCUUUGGUGAUAUGACAAUUGAGGAUUAUGAUAAUGAAUUGUUGUACAUGGCCCAUGACCUAGCUGUGCGGCUCCUGCCAGCUUUUGAAAACACCAAGACAGGGAUCCCCUAUCCUCGGGUGAAUCUGAAGACCGGUGUUCCUCCCGACAGCAAUAAUGAGACCUGCACAGCGGGCGCUGGUUCUCUCCUGGUGGAAUUUGGUAUUCUGAGCCGGCUGCUGGGGGAUUCCACUUUUGAGUGGGUUGCCAGACGAGCUGUGAAAGCCCUCUGGAACCUUCGGAGCAACAAUACAGGAUUGCUAGGCAAUGUUGUGAACAUCCAGACAGGCCACUGGGUUGGAAAGCAGAGUGGCUUGGGUGCUGGCCUGGAUUCCUUCUAUGAAUACCUCUUGAAAUCUUACAUUCUUUUUGGAGAAAAAGAAGACCUAGAGAUGUUUAAUGCCGCAUAUCAGAGCAUCCAGAGCUACCUGCGAAGAGGCCGGGAAGCCUGCAAUGAAGGAGAAGGUGACCCACCACUCUAUGUCAAUGUGAACAUGUUCAGUGGGCAGCUCAUGAACACCUGGAUUGACUCUCUGCAAGCUUUCUUCCCUGGACUGCAAGUUCUGAUAGGGGAUGUGGAAGAUGCCAUCUGCCUCCACGCCUUCUACUAUGCCAUAUGGAAGCGGUACGGGGCCCUCCCUGAGCGCUAUAAUUGGCAGCUCCAGGCCCCUGAUGUUCUCUUCUAUCCGCUGAGACCAGAGUUGGUGGAGUCCACAUACCUCCUCUACCAGGCAACCAAGAAUCCCUUCUACCUCCAUGUAGGAAUGGACAUUCUGCAGAGUCUGGAAAAAUACACAAAAGUCAAAUGUGGGUAUGCCACUCUGCAUCACGUCAUAGACAAGUCUAAAGAGGACCGGAUGGAGAGCUUCUUUCUCAGUGAGACCUGUAAAUACUUGUAUCUGCUGUUUGAUGAAGAGAAUCCAGUACACAAAUCUGGAACCAGAUACAUGUUUACAACAGAGGGCCACAUCAUAUCUGUGGACAAACGCCUUCGAGAAUUGCCUUGGAAGGAGUUCUUCUCAGAAGAUGGAGAGCGGGACCAAGAGGAGAAGUUUGUGCACAGACCUAAGUCUCAGGAGCUCAAAAUCAUUAACUCCAGUUCUAAUUGCAAUCGUGUCCCUGAUGAGAGGAGAUACUCUCUGCCCUUAAAGAGCAUCUACAUGCGCCAGAUCGACCAGAUGGUUGGCUUGAUUUGAUCUGCUUGCCUCAGUGUGGCCAGACCUUAAACCAAACCCAAGCAUACCAAAAUCCCCUCUGAGAUGGAAGGGCGGAGUCUGUGCAUCUGUGACGCUGUAGAAGUUGCUGUCCAAUUCUUACCUCUGGGUGAUUCUUGCACUUAAGUGUUUCCCUUCUCUUUAAUAAAAUACCCUAUUUUUUCUGAAGGAUAAUUAGAAAUGGGAAGCUACGUGGGAGCUUCUUAUGAUAUGCUGAUGUUCUUAAGCACAAUGGAUUCGGCCUUGUUGGAUUGUUCUUCCCAACUCCACACACAGAAUGCCAGUCUCCUCGCUUUGCUUCCACUUGCUGUGCUGAAGUAUUGCUACCUCUUUGCUAGAGGAUCAGGAAUGCAAUUCCUGUGCAAAGUUCCUGAGGUUUACUUGGCAUCAUGACUUACUGCAGUGAAAGUAUCAUCCUCUCUGUCUUAGGGGGUCGUCAUGCUGUCCCCAGAAUAGCCAGCCGUGACUCUGGAUCACAUGGGGAAAUUCACUUGGUGUAUUUAUAUUCUAAAGCGGUUCGGCCUUACUUGUCUCCGUGCCGAGGUCCAGCCAGAAAUCUGACAGGCAGCCUCUGAAGUUAGGUUGGGACCUACGAGUUAACUAACAGAUCUUUUGAGCUGUAAUUUGCAUUUAUUCUCAACAUCAACUUACCUGAAGAACUCCUAUGGUUCCAGAACCAGGUGCCUUCUAGGGAGAGGAAAACCUGAGGAUUGUGUGAGCUUCCAUCUCUCGUGUUCCAUGACCAAGGAUACUCAAUGCUGACCAUCUUUGGGUUAGACUUCUGUUCUUGUUGGCUUAUGUGUAGUGCCAAUUAGCUAAUCAGGGACAAAGAAAUGAUCAGAUGACUUUCUGACAUCCUUGAGCCAUUUCUCUGUGAUACAGGCUUUAGAUUAGUGCCUUAGGGGUUUUGUUUGGGCCAUUGGCUGUCACAGCCACUGGAGGCUCUAGACAGCUUGUUUUGUAUUGCCAUAUGAUGGGACCAAUAAAGAGCAGGGUGGGUAUGAGGAAGAUUCUGGAAAUCAGUUUGCCAACCUUUGCCUUUUGAACCUGUGAUUUCAGCCAGGCAUGAAGGAGGAAAUUAAGAGAAGAUGCUCUUUGUUGUUUCUUUUGCUGAAAUAGAAAGCUUGCUGAAUUUACACAGACUGUUCUUAAAAAGCAGAGCUGGGCCUGGCCCCCGCCUGACUUCCUUGCAUUGUGACAUGUUGGAAAGGCAUCCUGGGCAAAGGGUAGGAAAUCUAUGAGAAAGCUGGUCCAGCCUCAUGUAUCUUUGUCUUCCCUGUGUACUGUUUAUACACUUAAAAUUAGUUCAUUCCAGUCUCCUAUAGGCAGGAAAAAGCCUCUGAACCAUUUGAUUUUAGUCAAAAGGGAGAAACUGUAUUCUUUCUUCAAAAUGUUACUGUUUUGAAAAUAGAUAUGCCAUUCAGUUCCUUGGCAUUUUUAGAGUAGGGGUUUCAGUAGUGAAUGUGUCACCUUUUAAACACUCACUAUGCAAUUGGUUUUAUUUAUUUGUUAAGAAUAUUAUUCCUUCUGUUGUUUUCUUUUGAUUUCACAAGCAUUGUUCUGUGUAUCAGCAGUGUCUCAUCUACUAUAUAGAAAGCUUUCUUUGAGAAAAUGAUCUAUUUUAUGUGUUUGUUAAUUUAGUAAAAGUUAAACAUUCAUGCACAGGCGUGUGUGUACAUAGGCGUGUGUGUGUGUGUGUGUGUGUGUGUGUGUGUGUGUGUGUGUGUGUGUGUACCCUUUUUACCUUUGCUCCUUUUACCUUUGGAUGGCUGUGAAUGACCCACUAGGGACAAUGAAGACCUAUUGGGGAGGAAGUGUGUUCUGCAUGCUUCUGUCCUUUACCGUCUUCCCCAUUUCUCUGUCUGGUUCUGUGACAACAGUAGUGUAGUGUGUGUCAACACCUCACAGUCUUCUCUCACUUGGGCUCCUCACCUAUCCCUCUUGAGCUGGCCUGGGUUAUUUCUUCUCCCUGUGCUCUUGGAAUAGUGAUCUGUGUCUGGAAGUAAGUACCAUGGUGCCUUGAGUGCUAUCAGUGUGUCUCAGGGGUACAGGCAGAUAUGCAAUGUAGUUUAUCGAGUCUCAAACCCUCUUGACUUUUGGGUACUGGACUUUUCACCUGCUGAAAAGGCUGGGGGUUAAGAUAACACCUAUAAAUCCUAGUUAUUGAACUUCUAGACUGCUCAGGCCAAAGUCAGUGAUUUGUGGGGCCAGAUGAAGAACACUGUCUGGUGCCACUCAUAUAAAGAAUAUUAUUUGAGUCAAUUUUGAAGCUGACUUGCUUGCUUUCUGAAAAAUCAGAAUGUCAGCAAUUGCAAUGUAUAUCUUACAGUAUGUUUGCUGUUACUUCUAGUCUGUGUGCUGACAUAGGGGUAGAAAUUCUCUAAUUCACUGCUUUGUUUGAGGAAUAACCGGAAUGUGAACAGAUAGCAUCACAGAUGUUUGCAGCAUCUGUAGAGCUGGACCAUGCUUGUGUUCCCAGGAGUGGCCAGUGUCUCGUGUCCAGUUUGGCACGUAUGUUUGAAGUGUAGCAGGCUACCUUAUUGUUAGAUGUGGUGGAGCCCAGUUCUCUUACAACCAACAGGCUUGCCUUAGCUACUCUAAUCAUUGUGACAGAAUCACUCCAUUCUCUUGGAAGAGGGGGUGACAAAGGAGUGCUUGGUGGCUCUGAUUGCUUUGGCUGUUGUGAAAAGCAGGUUUGUUUUCCAAAGCCUCCCUUCAGUUUCUUCCUGAUCUGCCAGAGCUCAUUUUCUAUAACUGAGUUUCUAGUUCCAGUGAUGUGUGGGCUUUUCUUGUCUUGGAUUGCAGCCUCUGCACAUAAUGUCCAAAUAGUUUUCUGUGUGUUAAAGGGAAAACACAUGAGGAUAGUACCUGCCCAGGUGAAUGUCCAUAUUUUACUGGUCUGAUUAACUGCAGUUGUCUCCAUCCCAUCUUCCCUUUCCGUUCCCCCCUGUGGAAGAAAAACAUCCCUCUUCUCACUUAGCUCAGUGAACGAGUGCCUGCUGGAGUUCUUCUCUUUGGAUCUUGUAGACUCUCCAUCAGACAUCCCUUUCCUUCAGGGCUCUGAGGUCUUCUUCUCUUGACACGCACACAUUCAGUGCUGGUCAGAGGCUAGGCCUGAGUGAUCACCUCAGUCACAGAGUGGCUGAGCAGGGACUUGAGGAGGAGGCGCUGGUCUUUGCUUUUCUGUUCCAGCUGUCCAGUGCCCACUCCAGUGCCUCUUCCCUACGGGGCAGGGACUCCUUGUGAAUUGCAGAAGGUGAUGUCUGUGGGCCAUGUGGCCCCAAUUCAGCAGGGCUCAGGGUUAUGGUCCCUCUUGAAUUUGGAUGUGGAUCUCCUAAAGACGUCUAGUACCUGUGAAACCCUGCUUCACUACUUUCCUCUUUCUGAGAGGCAGACAAAUAAUAUUUUUAAGGUAUUUUGUUUUAGUGUUAAAUAGCAAACCACAAGCUGCAUUUUUAUUUAUUACAUACACAAAAAGUAAAUUUGUUUUUACAAAACAAAAAAAAUCUCGAGUUGGAAACUCUGGGAUAACAUACUGAGAUGCACAAAUGCUUCUCUGUCUCUGUGAUGUGCAAUAUGCUUGGUGACCAUAGAUGAUAUUUCAUGUUUAAUCUGUAAAUAAGAAAUGUAUUUAAAUUAAAUGGGAGAUUUUUGUAAAAGGACCAAAUGUUCUUUUAUAAAUGUACUAAGGAAUAUCUUGCUCUUUGAAAUUUA